CGCUGUCCGCUAAUAUCCAGGCCCUCUCCGCGUCCGUUCAGGCGUCUCAAAGACUAGACAACUUUUGCUAAAAGAUACUAUAAAUUUUCAUCGUCAAGUCGCGCUAUGAGUGGUGGAGUGUACGGUGGAGACGAAGUUGGCGCUAUUGUGUUUGACAUCGGAGCGCACACUAUUCGCGCGGGAUAUGCCGGGGAAGACUGCCCUAAGUAUGAUGUACCAACCCAUUUGGGAGUGUUUGGGGAAGAGACGAAAUCAGAAGCAAUGGAAACAGACCAAGCUAAUGAAGAAAAACCAUCCAAGAAAGAUAAUGGCAGGAAAUACUUUAUUGGAACAAAUGCAGUCCAUGUAGCAAAGGAGGGAGUUGAGAUAAUGACGCCUAUUAAGGAUGGCAUGAUUGAAGACUGGGACCUCUUCGAGAAGAUCUUAGAUUACAUCUACAGUAAGAACAUCAAGUCUGACUCCGCCCUUCACCCACUGCUCAUGUCAGAGGCUGCCUGGAAUACGAGAAUAAAAAGAGAGAAACUUACUGAACUUAUGUUUGAAAAGUACAAUGUUCCUGCUUUUUUUCUGUGCAAGAAUUCUGUACUGACAGCUUUUGCAAAUGGCAGAUCCAACGGGCUUGUUAUCGACUCUGGUGCAACCCAAACCAGCGCAGUCCCAGUGCAUGAUGGGUAUGUGUUGCAGCAGGCGAUCGUCCGGUCUCCUCUCGCUGGCGACUUUAUCACAGCUCAGUGCCGUCAGAUGUUUGAAGAAACUAAUGUAGAGGUCAUCCCUCCAUAUAUGGUUGCAAGCAAGGAAGCUGUAAGAGAGGGUGCUGCACCAAUAUACACCAAGAAGAACAACCUGCCUUCUGUUUCAAAGUCAUUUCAAAGAUAUAUGGUCAAUGAAGUGAUUCAGGAUUUCCAGCAAAGUGUUCUUCAAGUUUCUGAUGGACCCUAUGACGAGGGCCUGCUUGGAAACAUCCCACUAGUAGCAUACGAGUUCCCUAAUGGCUAUAACAACAGCUAUGGGCUAGAGCGAUUCAGGAUAUGUGAGGGACUGUUCGACCCAUCAAAUGUUAAGGGCAUUGAGGGAAGUACGGCAAUGGGUGUCACCCAAGUUGUCACCACAAGCGUAGGCAUGACAGAUAUUGAUAUCAGAGCGGGAUUGUUCAACAGUGUUAUUGUGACUGGCGGGAAUACAUUAUUGCAAGGAUUUGUUGAGCGCCUCAACAGGGAGUUGGUCUCUAAGACACCCCCUAGUAUGAGGCUGAAGUUGAUCUCCAACAAUUCAUCUGUAGAGAAGCGCUUUAACCCGUGGAUCGGCGGAUCCAUUCUCGCCUCGUUGGGCUCAUUCCAACAGAUGUGGAUAUCCAAGCUUGAAUACGAUGACCAGGGCAAGCAGUGUGUGGAGAGAAAGUGCCCUUGAGUCAAAUAACCCAUUCACAAGCAAGCUCGCCAACGGAGAGACAAUAUAACUGCCCUCAAAAGCUUGUACAUAGAGAUACCCGAGAGAACAGGUGAUCGGUGGUCCGAUCGUUUCACGUAGAAGGCAACUAUUCAAAAGGACCAAAAUGUACAGAAAUACAUAUAAAUCUUC